CUAACGUAGUUCCAGUAGGUUAGUUUUUAUAUGUCCUGCGAAUUAAGCCUAGACUUUCGAAAAUUGUGAACUAAUUUGGCUUUUAGCUAAAAUUAGAUCUUAAAAAAAGCAAAAGAUGAAUUCUUGACAAAAAUACUAUUGCUGUCCUUUUCUGCACUGAGACUCUGCAGCUUUUUAUCUGAAGUAACUGAAAUCUUGAACAGUAUGCCCACAUUCAUUGUACAGGUACAAAACCCUGUUGGAAACUUCCAAGGCCAUCAAAAAACAUUUACUCAUUAGGUAAUUUGAAAGUCGUUUAAUAAAAUCAGUGUUUGAAAAUGCAGUUUACAAUCCUAUCAACACCUGUAUUGGGUGGCCUGCUGUUGCUAGCAUGUACAGUGACUCAAAUUGGCCCAUUUUCUGCAAUGAAGAAGGAGGUAGAAUUACAAGAUGGGGAUGAAGUUGUACGAAGAUCUUAUGCUAUAGUUUUUGAUGGAGGCAGUACUGGUACACGAAUCCAUGUAUUUACUUUCUUGAACAGCACAGAGACGGGCAUGACCCUUCUUGAUGAAUACUUUCAAGAGGUUAAACCUGGACUGUCAAGCUAUGCUGAAUCUCCAUCAAAGGCUGCCAGCAGUAUUGUACCAUUGUUAGAAAAGGCUAAGACUGUGAUUCCAGCAGAGAGAUGGAGUACUACUCCCUUGACCUUGAAAGCCACGGCAGGACUUAGACUUUUACCAGCUCAUUCGGCUGAUGCCAUUCUUGAUGAGGUCAACAAAAAAAUUAAGUACUAUCCAUUUCACCUUAUGAAUGAUUCAGUUUCAAUCAUGAAUGGAGAGGAUGAAGGACUAUUUGCAUGGUACACAGUUAACUUCCUUUUAGGACACUUAAACAAUGCUUCGCACUCUGUUGUCACCUUAGAUCUUGGAGGUGGCUCUACUCAAAUCACAUUUCAGCCAGUGUCUUUAGAAACGCUGGUGUCUAUUCCUAAGGAAGACUUGGUGAAACUAAAAAUUCAAGAAAAUCCAGGUUACCUUUAUUCUCAUAGUUAUCUGGGAAAUGGAUUGAUGUCUGCUCGUCUCUCUAUACUCCAGUCAUCAAGUUCUGGUGAAAAAUCUUCUGAUGAGAAAACAGAAAUUCUACACAGUCCCUGUAUCCAUCCACUGAUCCAAAAAUCAUGGCAGCAUGGUGGAAUAGAGUAUUUGGUAAUGGGACUUCGGUCUGGAAAGUACAGUUUUGAUGCUUGUUAUGACAGAGCUAAAAAGUUUAUUGGAAAUAAAAUAUAUGGUGUGAAAGAAGCAAGUAAACGGCAGUUAUAUGCUAUGUCCUACUAUUAUGAUAGAGCUGUCGACUCGGGGCUGAUAGGUAAGGUUUAGUUUGUCGUAUUAAUGUACUUUGUU